UGCAAUCAAGCUUUUACAAAAGUCAUAGUCAUUAAAGAAACGAUGCAAGGUCUGCUUAUAGGUUUUCUACUUAUUUCAUUGACUCGUUCAGAUAUUCAUGUGGAUCUGCCAGAUGGAACUGUACGUGGAACUAAAGUAACAACGAAAUACUACAGCUUCAACGCCUAUCGUGGCAUUCCAUUUGCGAAGCCGCCACUAGGAUCACUUCGAUUUCAGGGACCUGUUCCUAACGACCCUUGGAACGGUACAUUGGAUGCUACUGAAGUCAAAUCUUGCUGCAUAGAUUUAUUUGGUAGCGGAUCACAAAGCGAGGACUGUUUGUAUAUUAAUGUAUAUACGCCUUCUCGAAACAUUACAGAAAAACUCCCAGUUAUGUUCUGGAUAUACGGUGGAGGAUUUACCAGUGGAUGUGCCACUGAGACCACUUUUGGUCCCUUCCCACUACUAAACGAAGACGUUAUAGUGGUUACAUCGAAUUACCGGCUUGGUGUAUACGGUUUUUUGUCUACUCAAGACGAUGCUGUUUUGGGCAACGCUGCUUUCAAGGAUCAAUUGCUUGCCAUGAAAUGGACUCAGAAAAAUAUCGAAUAUUUCGGUGGUGACCCGAAAAAAGUGACCAUUUUCGGUCAAAGCGCCGGAGGCAUGUCUGUGGGGGCACACCUGGCUAAUAAAAAAUCGUCUGGGUUGUAUAGAGCGGCCAUUUGCCAAAGCGGUUGUUCUUUAUCUCAUUUUAUCAUGACCACCCAACCUGAUCCUAGGAAGGGUGCUUACGAUAUUGCUAAAGCCAUAGAUCGGUCGAUUACUGAUCAGAACACAACCGUCGAGAUCCGGGACUUCCUCCAAAGUCAACCAACUGAUGUGAUCAACAAAGCAUUUAUAGCCAAUCCAUCGACGGGACCGGUGAUAGAGGCGGAUUAUGAAGACGCAUACGUAACCGAAUACAGCUUCGAUAACAUAGCAUCCGGCAACUUUAACCAGGUUCCCACUAUCAUAGGAACAACAUCGGCAGAGUCGCUUACAUAUCUAGCAUUGCCUCAGCUGGUUCAAGCUGUAGCUAUUUUUUACGACUUGGAUCCCGUUGCUUUAAUACCUUCAGAUCUCAAACCAAAGUCGGGAACAAAUCUGAAGGAAAUUGCAAACAAAAUCAAACAAGCGUACACGGGAGGUGGCUCGUUUCUCUUCAAUCUCGCUGCCGUUGUUGAGUAUACCAGCGAUAACUUGUUCGUAAGAUCAUCUUUGAAGCAAGCUCAACUUCAAUCCAACUACACGCCGGUAUAUUUUUAUCAAUUCUCAUUUUCGGGAAACAUUGGUCUGCUGCAUACUAAAAUCCCUGGUACGGGCAAGGUAGGACACGCCGAAGAUGUAGUUUACCUUUUUAACUCAACCUUGCCCUUGACCACCGCAGAUGAAUUCCGAACGAGGAACAGAUUAGUGAGGCUUUGGGCUAAUUUCGCCAAGACGCUGAAUCCCACUCCUGAUGAAUCGGAUCCGCUCAUCAACUUAAAGUGGCCCCAAGUAUCAGGAUCGUUUAUUCCGUACUUGGAUAUCGAUAAGAAUCUUGAAGUGAAACUCGGCAAAAAGGUUACCGAAAUGGCAAUGUGGAACGAGGUCUACUACAAUUACGGGAAGCAACCGUUUACCGGAUUCUAAAUUACCAACUUUUGUGUUUGAUACAUAGGAACGUGUUUUUGUAUACUUGUGAAUUUGUAGCCCCUGGCAAUUUUGAAAUAUAGACAAUUCAGUCAGA